AUGUUGGCCACCUUUGCCGCCAACAACGAGUUUUUCAGGAAGCGCAAACGAGUCCACCGCGCUUGCGAAUCAUGCAAGAAGCGGAGAAAGCGCUGCAGCCACACUUUUGACGACGAGGCCACCCCGUUUGAAGACGACAAGGCCCGUACUGGAAUCGGAAGCUCUUCCCAAAGUGGACACGCACCCAACCCAACCUCAGAUCCUCGUGGGCCUCCUGCCAGCGGGCACUAUCAUUCCCACGAUCCAAGAGGGCCCCGUGGGGACUCGCAUUCCCACAGCCAUGCCCAGUCCACAAUGCCGCCGCCCCAGAGCCCGGCCUCGGACCAUACCGCCCAGACCCCACCAAACUUCCUGGGCUAUCUGAAUCCCGAAGCCGUCUUGCGAGAGCAGGUGCAUUCUGAGCGUGGAAAGGCUGCUCCGUCGCCCGGGCCCCCUCCAAUCGGCCAGUGGGUAGAAGAGCGGGAUCAGCGGCCGACUUCGACGCAGACGGGGCCGCAUACAACACGCAUUGUCGAGACGGGUCCACACUCGAGCCAGGAGUCUCAGAUCUCCCGCGCCCUUCUGACGUACCUGGAGGCGGUCGGCGUGGACAUUCUACCUUCGAGGCAGAACCAAACUGCCCUCCUCGAGAUUUACUUCAACUAUGUGCACCCGCUGCUGCCGCUCGUGGACAAGGACCUGUUUUACGAGCAGUACAACCAUGGCCGAGAGCCCAGGAUACUCAUGCAGGCGAUAUGCAUUGUGGCAUCAAAACACGCUACGGCUGCAAAGCACCUGUAUCUGGACAACAGUGCCCAGCCGAUGAACCCACGCGAGUUCUCACAGAGACUGUACAAUGCUGUGAUUGUCGGAAUCGAGGCAAAGCUCGAAAAGAACCGCGUCGUGCUCAUCCAAGUACUCGCCCUGAUAUCUCUCCAUUGCGAAGGACCAGACGGCGCCGAGCAGGCUUCAAUGCACCUAGCCCAAGCCAUCCACCAUGCACAUACGUUUGGUCUUCAGUUUGGCCACCAGUGGAAGAACCAGAGCUCCGAGUCGCAAGGGAACCUGGAGGACGUUUUCUGGUGUCUGUGGAGUCUUGAUAAGAUCAAUGCCUGCAUGAACGGACGUCCUUUGCUCAUGCACGACCGCGAUAACAGCCUCAGACAACUACCUACAGAUCCCGAGAAGCGGUCGAGUCCUUUCGGUAUCUGGCUGCAAAUAUCAGAGAUGUUGGACAAGGUCAUUGAUUACUACAGGCCCGGCAGGGCUGCCGAAGAGACGGGUUGGGAAGGCGAUGACUUUUUGGGAUUUGAAGAGAUGGUUGGAGACGGCGAGGACAAGCUUGAUGGUCCUAUCAUGAGUCUUCUGUCGCUCUUCCACCAUACCAUGUGCAUGGCCUCGCACAAGUCCCUAUCUAUCAACGCCCCAGUCAAGUCAACCCCCUCGUACGUCCGCCAAAGUCUCUCAGCGACACGAGUCAUCCAUCUCCUCAACGCCGAGCCCCCUGAGAUGCUCCCGCCCCUGCCCAUCGUCCCGUAUGCGCUUGGUGUGGCUCUGAGUGUCGUGUACCGCCACUUCCGGUCCCGCCGCCUCAAGGUUCACGUCAACCGCGCCACGGAAGAGCUAAAACAAUGUGUACGCCUGCUUGAUCGCCUACGCAACGCAUGGUGGUCGGCAGGCACAACGGCAGAUCUCGGACGAGCGGUCCUCAGCAACGCAGCAGGACGCAACACCAACACUGCCAACACGCCCGUACCCAUCCCAGCAGAACCUCGACACAACGAACCCAAGACCGGACCACCAACCCCACAGAGCACUCAAAACACCCAGAUACAACCGCCAAGCCAACCACCACACUGGCAACAAGACGUAGAAACACGCAUUGACCCUCGCCUCCAACACAACCAAUCCCACGCCCACGCAAACUCACCCAUGACAAGCCUCCUCAACCCAAUCCCACCGACGCCCGGCCAGCACCCCACGAGCAGCGAGCGUGCCGAAAGAGCACCCAUGACAGGUCCGCCAGCGGGCUUUGGCUUCGCCGAGCAAUCUCCCGACUGGCUCAACUUUGACGCCGCAUUUGAAAACUUUGAGGGUCUCCUCGGAAGUUCAGGUGCAGACUUGAGUAAUGAAUUGUUCAAGCCGCUAAAUUACGAGACGCUCGAGGGGUUCUUGGAUCCUGCUGCGUAA